AUGUCGGUAUAUCUGCGCUACAUCUUCGGCCUCUCGACGGCCGCCGUCUCCUACCUGUGGGCCAGUCGUCUCCACAAAGCCAUGGCGUCGCUGACCCCGUUACAGUCGGUGGAAAAGAUCUCAACCCGUGUCACCCGAAUCCUUGGCCAAAACCCCGGCCCCUUCACACUCCAAGGAACGAACACAUACCUCGUCGGACAUGGCGCAGAACGAAUACUAAUCGACGCCGGCGAGCAGAACAACAACGCCUACAUCUCGGAGUUGAAGUCGGUGCUCGCGAACGAGAAAGCCACAAUUUCAUCGAUCGUCGUCACCCACUGGCAUUUGGAUCACGUCGGCGGGCUGAAGAAUGUCAUCGAUGAGGUCAUCGGCAAGCCUGUGCCAAUAUAUAAAAUCAAGCGUGAUCAUCACAACGAGGGCAUCGAUUUUAACUAUGUAGAUGAUGGCUUCAAGGUUUCCGUUGAUGGAGCCACGCUAAAAUUCAUCGCGACACCGGGCCACACCGCCGACCAUUCGUCAAUUUGGCUAGAAGAGGAUCGGGCGCUGUUUUCGGGUGACUGCAUCCUCGGCGAAGGCACUUCCGUUUUCGAGUGUUUACGCGAUUAUAUGAUCAGUCUGAAGCGGAUACUGGAGCUCGAGCCAACCGUCAUUUAUCCAGGACACGGCCCAGUCGUAAAUGAAGCGCGGAAGAAGGUCGAAGAGUACAUCUUUCAUCGGUCAAAACGUGAGAACGACAUCGUCGAGUUCAUGACGGGAGCCGGGCGUGUCACCAGCAUGGAUAUUGUCAACACCGUGUAUUCGACAACGCCGCCCUCGGUCCGCCUGGCCGCCCGCAACAACGUCGUCCUCCACCUCGACAAGCUGAUCAAGGAUGGACGUGUCGAACAGUCGGGCAUCGAGUACGCGCUCAUCACGCCCAGCAAGCAG